AUGGCUCCUCAAAAGAAUAAAGGAAAGCCAGGAAAGAGUAAUGGCAAAGGCAAGGCCAACCAGAAGAAAGGAAACAAGAAAGUCACCAAGCCAAAGAAACCACCCACUUUGAAGCAGAAGUUGCAGCGUGAAUCCAAGAUUGUCAGAAUCGAUGAUUUGAAGUGGAAAACCGUAGAGAUUCCUGACAACUUGGGUGAUUACGAAGGGUUUUUUGGAUUAGAAGAGAUAGAUGGUGUUGAUGUUGAGAUUGUUGAUGGUAGAGCUCAGUUCAUCGUCAAGGAUGACAGCAAGCUUAAACUGAACCAAGAAGAACAGAAAGAGGAAGAAGGCGAGCAAGAACAGCAAGAAGAAGAACAAGAAGAAGAAGAAGAAGAAGAAGAAGAAGAAUUUACUGGAUUUGGUGAUGACUCAGAUCAAGACCAAGACGAAGCAGCUGACGUUGAAGAAACAGAAGAAAUCGACGAAAAGCCCGACGAAUUAGAAAAAGAACUCAGUGCAAACGCCUUUGCUAAUCUUGACUUACCAUUACCCGACGAUGAAAUAGACUUGCCAGAAUGGCAAAGUGAAGAUCUCAGUUCCUUAAGUCCCUACACUUUGAACGGGUUAUCGGUGUUAAACUUCUCCAAACCAACUCCCAUCCAAAAGAAAGCCAUCCCAUUAGCAUUGGAAGGGAAGGAUGUCAUCGGUAAGGCAACGACUGGUUCCGGUAAGACAUUGGCAUACGGUAUCCCAAUCUUAGAAAAGUACUUACUGUCAUUAUCCACAAUUAAGCAAAACGUCAAGGACAAGAUAGUCAACAAUCCUACCGGUAUUGUUUUCGCUCCUACUAGAGAAUUGGCUCAUCAAGUGGUUAGCCAUUUGAAUGAACUUGCCAAGUAUUCACCAUUGUCAACCAGAGGUAUUGUGAGUAUAACCGGUGGUCUUUCCAUUCAAAAGCAAGAAAGAUUAUUGGCGCAUGGUCCAGGAAUAAUUGUUGCUACUCCCGGUCGUUUCUUGGAAUUGCUCCAAAAUGACGAACAACUCACCAAGAGAAUGGCAAGCACAGAUAUUUUAGUGUUGGAUGAAGCCGAUAGAUUAUUGCAAGACGGCCAUUUUGAAGAAUUUGAAAAGAUUUUAGAGUUGUUUGGCAAGAGUAGACCCAAGAACAAAUCCAUGCAAUGGAAAUGGCAAACCUUGGUCUUUAGUGCCACUUUUUCCAGAGACUUGUUUGGGAAGUUGGACAAACACCAGAAGAACAAAGCCAAGGGAAACUCAUUAAUGGAUAAUGACGAAAUCGUCACUUUGUUGAACGAGAAAUUGAAGUUUAAAGACUCUAAACCAGCUUUAAUUGAUGCUAAUCCUAAGGAAAUCGUGUCUGGACAAAUCACCGAAGCAUUAGUCGAAUGUGGUCCUACCGAACGUGAUUUAUAUUUGUAUUAUUUCCUCCUCAUGUAUAAAGGAUCUACUUUGGUAUUUGCCAACUCCAUCGAUUCGGUCAAAAGAUUAGUGCCAUUCUUAAACAAUUUGAACAUUCCCGCAUUUUCAAUCCACUCAUCUAUGAUCCAAAAACAAAGAUUGAGAGCAUUGGAAAGGUUUAAAGCCGCCAGUGAAAAGAAUGAGGUUUCUGUGUUGGUUGCUUCCGAUGUGGCCGCCAGAGGAUUGGAUAUCCCAAACAUUGACCAUGUGGUGCAUUACCAUUUACCUCGAUCUGCCGAUGUGUACAUUCAUAGAUCAGGUAGAACUGCCAGAGCAGGCAGAGAGGGUGUUUCAGUGAUGUUUUGUUCUCCACAAGAAGCUUCGGGGCCACUUAGAAAAUUGAGAAGAUUAGUGGCUAGCAACAGCACACAAGGAUCUCGUCUUAACAUGCAUACCGACGUCAAGUUGCUUCCAAUUGAAAUGGAUUUGGUUUCGCAGUUGAGAGAGCGAGUGACGGUCUCAUCGAAGCUUGCAGAUGCUUCCAUCUCCAAGACUUCUACCAGAAAGGAAGAUUCUUGGAUCAAGCAAGCUGCGGAAGAAUUGGGUGUUGAAGACUUAUCCGACAUUGAAAACUUUGAAGAUGACAUUAUCAAGAAACAGCGAAAGAGAAAAGAAAGUAAGAUGCUAGGCAAGGAUGAAAUGAAGGGUCUUCGAUAUGAAUUGAAACAAUUGUUGGCUACACCUAUAAGGAAGAAUGCCAGAAGAUCGUACAUUACUAGUGGAUUACAAAACUUGGCUCAUCAAAUGGUUACUGGAACUCACCAUGACGACGUUUUAGGUCAUGAAAAAGUCGACGCUUUAACCGAUUUAAAAGACGGUAAAUCGAAAAAGCUCAAAAAGAAAGCCAACAAGGUUACAAAGAAGCCUAAAUCAAACAAAGAUAAAAAAUAA